AUGGCGCGUUUCUCCUUUUCCUUCUCUAUCAUCUUCAUCUUCUCUCUACUACUCGGCGUCGCGCUCACUAAAACCCUCAAACGUGACGUGAAAGCUUUGAAUGAGAUAAAGGCGUCGCUAGGAUGGAGAGUGGUGUACGCGUGGGUCGGAGACGAUCCUUGCGGUGAUGGUGAUCUCCCUCCCUGGUCCGGUGUUACCUGCUCCACUCAGGGCGAUUACAGAGUCGUAACGGAGCUUGAAGUAUACGCGGUGUCAAUAGUCGGACCUUUCCCAACUGCAGUCACGAAUCUGCUGGAUCUCACAAGACUGGAUCUGCAUAAUAACAAGUUGACUGGUCCAAUUCCUCCUCAAAUUGGAAGACUUAAGCGGCUUAAGAUACUUAAUUUGAGGUGGAAUAAGCUGCAAGAUGUCCUCCCUCCCGAAAUUGGUGAACUGAAGAGCCUAACUCAUCUAUAUCUGAGUUUUAAUAAUUUCAAAGGUGAAAUUCCUAAGGAGCUUGCGAAUCUGCCAGAUCUUCGUUAUCUCUAUCUACAGGAGAACCGUUUUACUGGACGAGUUCCAGCUGACUUGGGGACUUUGCAAAAUCUUCGGCAUUUGGAUGCUGGUAACAAUCAUUUGGUGGGUACUAUAAGAGAGCUCAUACGGAUUGAGGGUUGCUUUCCAGCUCUUCGAAACCUUUACCUGAAUAAUAAUUAUUUGACUGGAGGAAUUCCGGCUCAACUGGCAAACUUGACUAACCUGGAAAUUUUGUAUUUAUCCUAUAACAAAAUGACUGGAAUAAUACCAUCUGGACUUGCUCAUAUACCUAAACUGAUUUACCUGUACUUGGAUCACAACCAAUUUACCGGAAGAAUACCCGACGUCUUCUAUAAACAUCCAUUCCUAAAGGAAAUGUACAUUGAAGGAAAUGCAUUCAGGCCUGGCGUAAAUCCAAUAGGUGUACACAAAGUACUUGAACUCUCCGAUGUAGAUUUCCUAGUAUAAUUUAGAUAUCAGUGUAUUCUUUUUACGAUUAGUGUUAACCAUAAGAAGGUUUGCAUUUGUUGGUUCAAAUGGAAAAUGUUCAGUUCUCUUUUCUAGUAUCGUGAUAUUAGCAUACUACAUACUGGUUUGGUUUUGUUUUAUUAAUUGUUUCACUUAGAUAUUAUUAGUCUCCAAUCGGUUUGGUUCCCAUCAA